GAUAAACAAAAUGUCAAAAUGCUGAUACUUUCCGUUUCAGCUAUCUGUUGAAUGGGAGAAAUAUUUUUAAAAUGGAAACACUGUAACUGUAUGCAUGUGAUCCUUUCAUAUUUCAUGUAUUCCUUUUUUGUACAUCUUAGCGCUGUAAAUUCAUUUUCAGGUUUUUUGUAAGAAGCCCAAGAAACGUCGAAGCUGUAAAAAUAAAAUGGCAAUGAUGCAAAAUCUUUAUGGUCGAUUUGAUUUGGCAUCAUCUGCCAAAUAUCGAGCAGAGGAGGUUCAAUCAAGAUUGAGCACUAAAUAUCCAAGCUUUAUGAAGCCAAUGAUCAGAUCAAAUGUUACUGCUGGUUUCUGGCUAUCUCUUCCAAGGUUUUUCUGCCAGUUACAUUUGCCACGGCAUGAUACAACUGUAACUUUGGUAGAUGAAAGCCAAGAAGAGUACAAAACAAAAUAUCUUGCUGAGAGGAAUGGACUUAGCGGCGGAUGGCGGGGUUUUUCACUAGCACAUAACUUAGUGGAGGGAGAUGUUUUAGUUUUUCAGUUGUUCAGAUUCUGCAAAUUGAAGGUAUAUAUAGUCAGGGCAAAUUAUUUGGCUGAAGUCGAUGCCGCCCUUGUUCUUCUGCAUUUAGAUGCCCACCAAAAACAAGCUAAUCCUGAGCAAUGCACCAAAUGCAGGAUAAUAGAAGUACGAAACAAGGUGGAAUCAAGCGUCAAAGAUUUUCCUCACAACGAGAAGAGGAUGAUUAUUCUGCAGAAGAAAACAUGUUACACAAACAUAGUCAUCCAAGGAAUAUGUUCAAGGAUCUUGACCUGCCUUCAAAAGCUGCAGGACUUACCUACGAAAAUCUUAGCAUUGUGGAUGCUGUAAAAGCAAGCAAAAUUAAUGACCCUUCAAAUGGUUUCUCAUCCUGGAACACAAGGCCAACCGAACUUGAGCAGCUAGAGAUCAGUUCUUUUUCGGGUGGGUACUCCAUUGAACCAGCUUAACCUUGACCAGGGGCAGAUAUGGUAUUUCGGCCGUGAAUGCGGCCGAUAACUAUAGAGUUUAAGGUUAUACAAUGACAACGUAAUUUUUUUUUACACACGUGUAAUUUAAGUUAUAGCAAGUUGUCGCCUAUUUUCCAAGUUACUAUAUUAGGCUUGAUAUAGGGAGUUACAUGUUAUUGUUGGUCAAUUUAAUCUGAUAGGAUAAAUAAAAACUCUUCUUCUUCUUUGUUUU